UAAGAGCUGAGCUGCUGCUGGACUCUGAGUCAGUUUGUGUCAGUUUGUGUCGGUCUCCUCAGAUUCUCAGAGACUCAGACAGUUUCAGUGAUCUGAUGAUGAUGAUGAUGAUGAAGGUGUCAGAGCUGGUCCUCGUCCUCUCCUGUGUCCUCUGUGUCUCUGCUGACGUUUUCCAUGAGGACCUUGCUAUCGGCGGCUGUUCAGACACUGAUGGAGAGGAGAUGUACUCUCUGGAUGGUGAAGAGAAGUGGUACGCAGACUUCAUCAACAAGAGAGGAGUCGAGCCUCUGCCCAGUUUUAUUGAUCAUAUCAGCUACCAGGAAGGAACUUAUGAACAAGCUGAGGCUGAUCAACAGAUCUGCAGACAGAACUUGAAAGUAGAUCAACAGAUGUAUAAGAACACUCCACUGCAGUUCGAUCCUCCUUCCAGUCCAAUGAUCUACACCAGAGACAAAGUGGAGCUGGGAGUGAAGAACACUCUGAUCUGUCAUGUGUCUGGUUUCUAUCCUGCUCCUGUCAACGUCUCCUGGACCAAGAACGAGCAGAAGGUGACUGAAGGAACCAGCAUCAACGUCCCCUUUCCACUCAAAGAUGGUUCCUUCACCCAGAUCUCCAGACUGGAUUUCAUCCCACAGCUGGGAGAUGUCUACACCUGCACAGUGAGACACCCAGCUCUGAACCAACCACUGACCAGAAUCUGGGAUGUGGAGGUGCAGCAGCCCAGUAUUGGACCUGCAGUCUUCUGUGGAGUGGGUCUGACUGUCGGUCUGCUCGGUGUCGCUGCAGGAACCUUCUUCCUCAUCAAAGGAAAUGAGUGCAGCUGAUUGGCUGGAGCUGAUGAUGUCAUCAUUGUUUUUGUACAGAUGUUUCAUAUGUUUGCUCCUGAUGUUUGUUUCUCACCUGGAGCUUCAGCCUGUUUCUUUCUGCUUCAUGUAGAUGAAUGAUUCUUGAACUCUGAGUUUCUCUGCUCGUCUCUGUAACUAAUGAUCAUAAUGAACCAGCACAUAAUAAAUAUAUGAAUAAGUUUGGUUUGACUGUUUUCUAUCAAAUAGUCGUGCAGUUGUCAUAAAUAUAGACAAAUGAAUAAAUGUGUAAGUAAUUAAGGUAAUAAAGUAAAGUACUUGA